AGCAAUUUUGGUUUGCCUGGGCUCAAGCCACCGGCGGCCAACGGGCCGAUGGCGCGCGCGGCGGGGUGGCGCCUGUGAGAGCCCCAGCCACAUGGAGCUGGAGGAGGCCCGCGGCUACGCCGAGGCGCUGCGCCGGCUGCUGCAGCACUCUGGGCUGCCCUUCUCGGCUCUCGACGCGGCCGGCAGGGUCACCACCCUCGGCCGGCGGGCGGCGGCGGCGCUCGGGGCGCGCCCGGGCGGCGCCCACGCCGGGCAGCUGCUGGAGGGCGUGGUGGCGGAGAGGCACAGGGCGCAGGUGGCCCAGGCCGUCCGGCGCGCGCAGGGCCCCGGCAGAGCGGGGGCGGAGCCCGUCUCGGCGAGGCUGGCGGGGGCCGCGGGCUGCCGGGAGGCGGUGCUGAGCCUGGUGCCGUGCUACGGCAGCGCCGGCUGCGUCACGGCGGUCCUGGGGCUGGUCGACACGGGCGGCGGCGCAGAGCAGGCCCCGGACGCCAAGCUGCCCGCGCCCGUCAGCGGCGUGAACGCGUGGCGGUGCACCAUGGGCACCUCGGCGGCGGUGCCCUGCAUCUUCGAGCUCAGCGAGGGCGGGGAGGCCCUCGGCGGCGAGGAGGACGCGGGGCACAGCGAGGGCUUCCGCGGCGUCGUGGAGCAGACCGUGAAGGCCUCUGCGCCGAUCCACGCGUGCGAGCCGGGCGCGGGGGCCACGCCCUUCGAGUCCGAGGUGGUGUCCUUCGAGAGCCAGGGCGGCGAGACGCGGUACUUCUGCGUGCGCGGGCUGGCCACCAGCGGGCCGGAGAUGCCCUUCGGGGGCCGCCUCGGCAUCGCGCAGGGCUACGUGGUGGACAUGACGCGCCCCGAGCUCGCGCUGCAGGAGGCGUCCCGGUGGCACGAGCGCUGGCGCGCGCUCGCCCAGCUCGUCUUCGACUUCGUGCUGCUCGUGGACAUCACGGAGUACCGCAUCCUGAGCGUGUGGGACGCGUCCUCGGCCUUCGACGAGAAGCUGGAGGGCAGGUCGCUGGCGGACUUCGUGGAGGGGCCGGACGACCGCGCGGCGCUGUCCGACGCCAUCAGCGCGGCGCUGGUGGCCCACGCGGGGACGCAGGAGCCGCUGACGUUCUGGAACCCCCGGCGCAAGGAGCGCAUCUUCACCCGGUGCGCGAUGGUCUCGGACGCGUGGGACCCCUCCGCGCUCUUCCUGGGCGCGUCCCUGGCCGCCGACCCGGGCCUCGCCGCGCCCGCGCCGAGGCCGGUCAAGGGCAGCUCCUCCAGCAGCGACAUCGUCGCCUCGCGGCAGCUGGAGAUGCUGGGCGGCCAGGCCCCCGAGCCCUCGCCGUCGCCCCCGCCGGAGCCCUCCAAGCCGCCGGCCCCGCCCGGCGCCGGCGGAGCGAACAAGGUCGUCAGCCUCGGCGCGGCGCCGCUGCGCCUCUCCUCGGCGGCCCUGGGCCUGGCGGGCCUGCCGGCUUCGCGCAAGCCCCCGGGGCUGCACCGCAUGGGCGAGACGCCCGUGCCCUCGCACCCCAACAGCGAGGCGCCCGCCGCGGUCCCCGAGGCCUGCCCCGCGGAGGAGGGCGCCAAGCGGGCCCCGAAGGAGCCCCCCCGGGCGCAGCAGCGGCCGCCCGGCCGGCCGCCGGCGCCCCUGGGCGCGGGGGCGCCCCCGGCGGCGCUCGUGGGCGCCGUGCGCCGGGGCAGGGCCGACGCCAUGUCCGACUCCGGGAGGUCCGUGCGCUCCGAGUCCGACUACGGCGCGAGGCGGGUCUUCCCCACGCGCCUGGUGGUGCUCGCGGACGACGGGGCGGAGCGCUGGCGCUCCUCGGUGCAGAUGCUGGCGGAGGGCGUCCGGGCGGUGGCGCUUUUGGCGGGCGACGGGCUCCUGCGGUGGGGCAUGCCGCAGGAGAUCGCGGACGCCAUCCGGCAGGAGGCGUACGUGCUGAACGUGCGCGACAACGCGAGCGGCGAGAUGCUACAGGUCGCAGACGUCACAGGAACCUCGAUGCGGAACCUGCAGAGGCACUGCGGCUCCGACGACGAGCUCACGAUUUUCCUUUCUCCGCUGGAGGACUCCGAGGACGCCUUCGAGACGGCCUGAGGCUGAAGCUUCUGGCUGCGCCGUCGCCCUCGGCGAGCGCUCAACCUGGGCUCGAAGCCCCCAACGAGCGCGCAGGGCUGCGGGCCCCGCCCCGGUUGUGAAUACACCGCGAAUCCGAGUGCCGCCUCCUCCGCCCCCGCCGCCCCGAUGCAGCGCGCCGCGCGCGCGGCGCGCGUGGGUGGGGCGAGCUCGCAGGCUCGCUUCGGCCCGCGCCCCUCGGAGCCUGGUCGUCCCCCCCCCCACUCCCCCCGGGAACCGCCCGGCCUCCGCCCGUGCAGCGGUUGUGUCUCCGAGGGGGCGCCGGAAGUAGCAGUGGUGGCGAGGCGGCAGGCGAAAGACGCCCAGGCCGCCCCUCCCGACGGGUCUGCGGGUGCGGCGACGGGUUUUCUGGCAGGAUACCGGUCUGGCUUCCCACCUGCGGGUCUGGCCUGUGUUCCUUGGUUGCCCACCUGCGGGCCGCGAAUCAAAA